CCUGCCCCCAGGGCCGGCUGCAGCUCCGCCGCCCUCGUUCCCACCGGCGUUCCAGCCGGCUUCCUCGGGAAACGCCAGCAGCGGCGGGAACCACCACCAGUCUCGCAAUCAUCAUCACUCUCCAAGGGGAGGUAAUCCGGGGAGGAGAAGUGCGGCCGUAAUGAUCCGGAAUCCAAACGCAGUCGAUGGAGUGGUGACGGCAGCAGCAGCAUCUUCAUCGGAUGCCCAGCCGCCAUCGUCGGCGCGUGAAGGGGUGGGUGAAGGUGCGGCAGGCAGCAACCAUAGCAACCACAGUAGCAACAGCCCGUCAAGAAAGGGCAUGCGCAGAGGGGGCAGAGACGGACAUCGGAAUUACCAUCGCUACAACAACCACGGGCAGGGGCAGGGCAACGGCUAUCCGCAAGGGGAAGGAACCAUAAGUGAUAGCACUGGCAGCCUUCGGGACCUGAGUGUGAACGGAACCAGCAGCACAUCCACCUCUCCCUCACCCUCUGCUGCAUCCUUGGCAGGUACCCGGCCUCCGUCUGGAGCGUCUGGCCUCACUGCGAGAGCAGCCAGCGCUGCAGUAUUUGUGCCGAAAGGUGCCGCCGGCAAGGACCAAAGCGCGGGCAAUGGCAGCGGCGUGAGCCAAGACGUUGCUCGUGUGACGAACGCAACCAGCUCGAUGAGUCUGUCGCACGCGGUCCGUGCAGCUGUGUUCAAUCCGAGCACCACCCAGGCUCUUCAAGGCGAGACAGGGGCAGACGCAAGUGGCCGGGCCACGCCCAACUCGUUUGGCGAGGAUGCGAUCGAUGUCUUUGACCCAACGUACACGGGUCCCCUGCCUUCGGAGGAGCCAGCACAGCUCAUACAGGAGACCGCAUACAAUCCGUAUGAAGGGACAAACGAGUAUGGCGAGCCUGGCAGCUCUGCUGCCAUGGACCUCUAUUCGCAACAACAGGCCGCGGUUGCAGUACGUGCCGCCAAGAUCCGGCAGCCACUGCAGUACCAUCAAUACGCGCCACCGCUCCCUCACGUAUCAAAUCUACACCCACACCAUCUAACGUCUCACGCAUUCUUCUUGCAUCCCAACCAAAGGGAAGAGUUGCAGCGGAAGCAAGAAGCUAUCUUUGUCAACAUCCCUCCGCCCGAGCUUGGAGGGCCCAGUCUGCCCGAGGAGCUGCAUGUCUACCACAGCCUGGUACCCCUUGAGCCGAUACAGCCUGGGGGUCCGGGGCAGCCCGGCUUCCCGCUGAACCCCUCGCUGCUGGAUCCGACGCUGGACCCUGCCGCGAUUGGGGCGACAGCGACAGGCGGGCCAGGCAUCAUCGGCACGUCCGGCGAUCCUUCCAAGCUGUUCGGGUAUCGCUCGCACUGUUACAAAGCUGUUUGCUCUCUGGACGGCAAGAGCUACGUGCUGCGGCGGCUCGAAGGCUUCAAGUUGCAGCACGAAGUCGCUAUCGGACUUGUGGAGCGAUGGAGGCGCAUUCGCCACCCGAGCAUCGUCAGCGUCCGCGAGGCGUUUACUACUCGAGCCUUUGGCGACCAGUCCAUCGUGUUUGUGUACGAUUACCACCCGCUCGCGUCGACGCUGCAUGCAGAACACAUGGUGCCCAAGCCGCCUCAGCCUGAUCGCAGGACGGGCCGGCUGCAGAUGGUGCAGAUGCAAGUCCCGGAGAAGACGCUGUGGAGCUACACAUGCCAGCUGGCGAACGCUUUGCGAUGUGUUCACAAGGCCGGCCUCGCUGCACGCAGUAUCGAGCCGAGCAAGGUCUUGCAUACAGGCCAGAACCGCGUGCGCAUCAACUGUUGCUCCAUCUUUGAUGUCAUCGCGUACGAUGCGCGUGCGCCUGCCAAUGCCGUACAGACGCAGCAAGCUGACGAUCUGCUCAAUCUCGGCAAGUUGAUCCUGUGUACCGCGUGCAACAGCGCUGCUGCCGCAUCCAACGUACCACGCUCACUGGAGCAAAUCUCGCGUGUCUACUCGCCUGAACUCAAGUCGAUGGUCAUGUGGUUGCUGCAAAAGCCGCACCAGAAGAAGGACGCGGAUGAGCUCGUGCGCUUGCUCGCCGGACGCAUGGCAGAUGAGUUUGAUUCCGCGCUCAACUACAAUGAUUCCCUCGAGAGCUCUCUCAUGCGCGAGCUGGAGAAUGCCCGGCUCGUUCGUUUGCUAUGCAAGCUCGGUUUCAUCAACGAGCGUCCAGAAUUCGAUCAUGACCCGCGAUGGUCCGAGACGGGCGAUCGCUACGUCGUCAAGCUCUUCCGUGACCAUGUCUUCCACUCGGUCAACGAAGCGGGCCGGCCCCUGGUGGAUCUUAGUCACAUUUUGACGAACCUCAACAAGCUCGAUGCGGGCUCGGAGGAGAAGCUGAUACUGACCAGCAGGGAUGAACAGAGCUGCAUCAUCGCAAGUUACAGAGAGAUCAAGAACUGUAUCGAGUCGGCGUUUCAAGAUCUAUCGCGCAGGUAAUUGUAGCUUGUUGUUUCCCCACGCAGCAUGUAUCCCCUACGCUAUUAUGACAUUUCAAGACGCCUU